AAUCGUUUCUUCAGAAAUGGUUCAGUGAGAUCUUUAGAGGUGUUAAGCAGUUCUUCUAUGAGGGAUCGCUGCACGGAGUCAAGUACAUCUUCGAGCCUUCGUUCGGAAGAAAGGAGAAGGCUACCUGGAUCAUAAUAAUGGUGAUCAGUAUCGCAAUAUGCGCCGUGAACAUAAUCAAAUUGUUCUGCAAAUGGACUUCGACUCCAUUCGUAAACGUUAUUGAUUCUGUACCGACUCCGAUCUGGGCCGUGCCGUUUCCUACAGUGGUCAUAUGCCCGCAUUUGCACGUAAAACUGUCUUCUUUUAAUGUGACCAAGCUUAGUGGCUUAGAAAUGUUCUACGCUUCUCUGGUAUGUCCUCGCAUGGCGAACAAGAGACGCACAAUGGAACACCGACUUGAUCAAAAUCAAUUGAAUCAAUUGCUGAGAUUCUUAGUAAAGGGAUCACCCAGCUGUACGGACAUCGUCAAAACCUGCAACUGGCCAACUCAACAUAACAAUAAAUGGCACACUGAAAACUGCUGUGAUAUGUUCCAGCCUAUAUUCACCAACUACGGACUCUGUUUCGCAUUCAACAGCCUACCCCUGAACGGAAUGACGAACAGCACACUGGCUUGGCAAAAAUCUUUUAAUCCACAAUCGGCAGCGAAAUCAUUACUGUGGGGCUUAGAUAUCGGUUAUCCGAAGACAUUUCCGCCAGACGUCAAUAUGCAACCACUGAGGGUAAUGGCAUCGGGAGAGGCUAACGGCUUGGGUUUAGAACUGUUUUUAAAUACAAGCGAACAUCAAUAUGCUUGCGAUGGAAAUAGCUUGGGUUUCACGGUCUUGAUAAGCUCUCCAGCUGACCACGUCUACACCAGCACCGUACUCAGAAUCCCAAUGGACAGAAUGACCACAAUCGAAGUGUCGCCAAUAACCUACAAGACCGACUCAUCUUUAAGGUCACUAGCCCCGUAUCAGAGGCAGUGCUCCUUUCAGAACGAGAGAAGACUUGAGCAUUACGAAUAUUACACUGACAGUAACUGCCAGCAUGAUUUGUUGGUGAAGGAGGCUCGGAGGAUGUGUAACUGUGUACUCUUCAACUGGCCAAGAGUAAGUCUGCAGGAGUCAGUCUGUUCGACUGAUGAGGAUUUCCAAUGCAUUACCAAUGUAAACGGGAAAGUUGAGGAACAAUUAAUUUACGCUUAUUACGCUGACAGCGAAGAACGGAGGGAGCAACGGGAACAAUCCAAAUCUUGUCAUCCUUCUUGCAAUGAUGUGAUCUACUCCAGCCAGGUGUUCUACUCAGACCUUAUUAGAGACUACGGCGAUGGUACACCUCAUUGGGGAAUUCCGGGCCAAAGUGAAGUAACCCAGAUCAACGUGCACUUUUACGAAGACUUCUUCCUGGGCCAACACCGCCACGCACAAUACGACGAUUAUUACUUUGCAGGUGCUAUUGGGGGACUGUUGAGUCUAUUCUUGGGCUUUAGCAUCAUCAGUGUCGCCGAACUUGUGUACUUUGUAAUCUUACGUCCUGCUUAUACUAUUUUAAAGGAAAUGUAUUAUCAAAGAAAUAAAUAAGUUCAUAAGCUUUUCAUAUAAAGUUUAUUUAUAAUCUUACUAACGUUUAUUU